AUUUGCGCGAGGAUGUGGCAGUAUGUGGGGCGUGCCCUACCGCAUUGAGCGCUAUGGCCCAAUGCUGCGAUGAGUCAUUGAUGGCUGAUGAAGAAUUGGAAGCUAUUAGACGGCAACGUAUGGCCGAACUCCAGACGAAACAUGGGGACCCUUCCAAUGACCAGCAGGGACAGCAAGAGUCCAAGCAAAGAGAGACUGAAAUGAGAAACUCUAUACUGGCUCAAGUCUUGGAUCAGUCUGCCCGUGCCAGGUUGAGUAAUUUAGCACUUGUAAAACCAGAUAAAGCAAAAGCAGUGGAAAAUUACCUGAUACAGAUGGCUCGCUUUGGACAGCUUGGAGGAAAGAUCACAGAGGCUGGUUUGAUAGAGAUCCUUGAAAAAGUUAGUCAGCAGACAGAAAAGAAAACAACUGUAAAGUUUAAUCGACGGCGAGUAAUGGACUCGGAUGAAGAGGAUGACGAUUGACAGGAAGGUGUCAGAGUCAACUGAGAUUUCUUUACAUAUGGGGCAAAAACUCUGGUAUUAAUAUUGACCAGGGCACAAUUUCAACUGACCAACCCAGGAUCAAAACACAAUCUCGGACAAAAAAACUUUGAUCUGUGGCUGUGUAGAAACUCUUUAUUUAAAAACUUUUUCUUAAAUUUCUAAAAAGUUUAGCAAUUUUCUUUAUUUCCCUUUGCCUCAAACACACCUGACUGUAGUAACGCUACAUUUUAGUGACUUUUGAGCACACUGAGGACUUAAAUAAUCAGACAUCUUCUUUUGUGUCCUUUUUGAGGAGACGUGUGCAACGGUUUAAAUACAAUAAAAGCAUUCAACAAAAUUGUAGUUUGAUAUUUUGCGAAACAUUGUGCUUUGCCUUACAUGCUAUGUUGUAAGUUGUUUGAAAUGAAAUUCACAAUAUAUGCACAUUUAUUGACGUAUACCUGAAUAUUUGAAAUUUUUUCCACACAUAUUUCAUUUGAAAUCAUAGAUUUCGCUUUUAACAUAAAUUUGACUAAGGUACAACACUCUUUUUGUGUUAAUUCUUUCAGUUGUUGACAGGAAUCAAUAGAGAAGCAUACUUUCAAUACACUAUAUUUUGUCUUCUGUGACACAAGACCCUGAAAUGAGUCAAACAUAUGCAUGCUCCAAAACUAACAUUUACUAAUAUAAACAAGGAUUAAUACUAAUAUCCAAAACGGAUUAAAUAUAAAUACAAAUAUACACGGGAGAAACAUUCUACAAUCGGAUACUUGUUAGUUAUUUAUACAACAGUUUUAGAGCACUGGGAAAAAAGGAGACUUCAUGUCGUUUAGUUUUACUCCUGGAUACAGCAAAUGUCUUGUGCUGCUGAAGAGAACAGAGAAUGCAGCGUUGAUGAACUGUCCCUGAGUAUUUUAGUAAAAGUAUGUGUAGUGGAGUAGGCGUGGCGAGACCGUGGUGAGUAAUUGUUAAUGAGCGCCAGCUGUGCGCACACCGGUCUCUAAUCACGUAGGAGAUCGGGAGCAUGUAAGAGAACGAGCGACCGUACCCUCGAAGAGAGAGGACCGGGCCCGAACAUGUUUGUAUUUGUAUUUAUGUUCUUGUGUUUAACUUCCGUGUUUUUGUUUUGUUCGCCGGCUGUUAUUAUUUAUAUUAAAACUUUGUUUAAGUGUC